GCGCCAGCCGGAACCGGAACCGGGGCUGCGCCCAGCCCAAGCCGGCGAGGGGCCGAGACUGGUGCCCGCUGCCCAGACCCCCCCCCCGCAGGCGGCGGCCCGGGGAUCGGGCCCCCCAUGGCCUCCUCGGGCCCCCCCGGCUCCUGCUGCCCCCACGGGCCGGCCGUGCCCGGCGCGCACCAGACCGCGGCGGAGAUGGACUUCGAGCGAGGGGUCUGGUCGGCCGCCCUGGACGGGGACCUGGGGCGGGUGCGGAAGCUCCUGGUGGGGAAGCGGGUGGAUCCCAGCCAGCCCGACCUGGCCGGCUACACCGCCCUGCACUACGCCAGCCGCAACGGGCACGGAGCCGUCUGCCAGUUCCUGCUGCAGAGUGGGGCCCGGUGCAACGCCCAGACCCACGGUGGGGCCACCGCCCUGCACCGAGCCAGCUACUGCGGCCACGUGGAUGUGGCCAGGCUGCUGCUGGCCCACGGAGCCGACCCCGGGAUCGUGGAUGACGACGGCAUGACAAGUUUGCAUAAGGCCGCCGAGAGAGGCCACCGUGAGCUCUGUGAGCUCUUGCUGCAGCACAGCCCGGGGCUGAAGGGCGUCCGGGACAGGAGGGCCAGGAGAGCACGUGACCUGGUCCCCGGCAGCAGCGCCUUGCGGGACCUUCUGGAGCCCUGAGGGCAGCGCGCGGCGGGGUGGCGCUGCGCCAGGGUGCUCUGUGCUUUGUCUCCCCGCUUGGCCUGCUGCGGGAUUGCAGCCGGUGCUGCCAUUGGGCCAUCUCCCGAGCUGUCCCUGAGUGUGCAGCCCUGGGGUGAUCUGGGCGCGCGCCCCACUGGGGUGGCGGCGGGACAGGGGAACGGGCACAGCUAGGCAGGGAAAAGGAGGGAACCGCUAUAAACCCUGUACGUGUCACUGGCUGCGGGGAGCCACGUUCGGGGGCUGAGAUCAAGGGGAGUCCAGCGAGACGGCAGGACACCCGGAGCCGCCGGGGUGCCCCUGCUCCCAGCCUGCACUGCUGGUGUCGCCACACCGGGGCUCCCGACGUGCUAACCUGGCCUCCGCAGGCAGGGAAGAGGCUUCUGGCUCCGCUCUCAGGCAGCUGCAGUGGCUGGCGGCAAGGUGGGCCUUUGGGGGGUAGGGACCUGUGUCCAGCCCUCUGCAUGAGCCAGGCACCACCGCCCAGCCCUGAGCCAGGCUCCCAGGGCCACACUUCUGGCGGGAAUCUGAGGCAGCCAUGUUGGUUGUGGGCAUUGAGAGACAGGCAUGGGCUGGUCCCCUGUGCUGGGCACCACGGACCCCGUCAUGCAGGGGCUGCAGGCUCACAACCACUGGGAGGAGGAGUCUGACUGGGGUGAAGGCCCGUGGCCUGCUCCAUGCCCAGAGCAGAUGGCAGCGUGGUGCCAGGCAGUGUCUGCUGGGAUUUCUGGCCUGGCACCAUGGCUAGGGCUGCCGUGGGCUCCUCUCUGUGCCCACAACCCUGAGAUGGGGGAGAGGGGGGGCUGGGAUAGGUUGUCCCCCUUUGUGGAGCUAUUUUAGUCCUUGGCACUGGGCUGGGGAACUGGAGCCCCCAAGGAUCUGGUGCCAGGAUGUUGGGCUUCAGCACCAUUAACUCUUCCCCACCUAGUCCCCUGCCACAUCCGUCCCAAGGGGCUGGUCUCUGGGGUCCUGCAGGGCAUCUGCCCUCUGCUAGUGCCCACCCCUGCCCUGUGUUGCCCACUCCUCUAUCCCCUUGCUGUUCUGCCCCGCUCCAUCCCCUCUCCGCCCCAGCAGGAAGCAGGCUGGGAUGGGGUCCUGCAAACAUACCCUCCUGACUUGCUCACAGCUGGACCAAAGAGGAAAAAGGGGGAGAGAAGCCCAGACCCCUCCCCAUCUAUUGCACAGUGAUCUGGCUGGGGGCAGGGUGGCUUCUUCUACUCCCCCCCCAUGCUAAAGGAACCCCCCCUUAACCAUAGGCCCACAGAGAGCCACCCCUCCCACCCAUUCCCAGCGCUAAGCGGAGGUGGAACAGGGGGGCUGCCCUGUCUCCCAGGGAGGGUCCAGCAGAGCCCCCCAAGCUGUGGUCAGUGGAAGCUGCAUGGAGGGCGGGUGCAGGGGCUGGGAAGUGGAUGCUGAGCCUCAUGAUGGCCAGCAGCAUCACAGGGAGCAGGGCCAGCCCCGACCUCUAGGGGAAAGCGCCCCCGCUGAGCGCCCGCCCUGCUCCCUGCAACACUGCACCCCCUAGUGCCAGCCCUGACCUCCAGGCGAGAGUGCCCCCUGCUGAGAGCCCACCAUGCUCCCUGCAACACCGUGCCCCCCGAGUGCCAGCCCCAACCUCCAGGGGAGAGCGCCCCCUGCUGAGCGCCCGCCCUGCUCCCUGCAACACUGCGCCCCCUAGUGCCAGCCCCGACCUCCAGGCGAGAGCGCCCCCUGCUGAGAGCCCGCCCUGCUCCCUGCAGCACCGUGCCCCCCGAGUGCCAGCCCCAACCUCCAGGCGAGAGCGCCCGCCCUGCUCCCUGCAGCACCGUGCCCCCUAGUGCCAGCCCCGACCUCCAGGGGAGAGCGCCCCCUGCUGAGAGCCCACCAUGCUCCCUGCAGCACCGUGCCCCCUAGUGCCAGCCCUGACCUCCAGGGGAGAGCGCCCCCUGCUGAGAGCCCGCCCUGCUCCCUGCAGCACCAUGCCCCCCGAGUGCCAGCCCCAACCUCCAGGGGAGAGCGCCCCCGCUGAGUGCCCGCCCUGCUCCCUGCAGCACCGUGCCCCCCGAGUGCCAGCCCCAGCCCCCUGCUGAGCGCCUGCCCUGCAGUGUGUAGUGUGUUUGGGAGCUGCCCUGUUUCUGGGGGGUGGGCGACAUGCUGGCAGGGCAGGGCAUAAAUUCAUAAUAAAUCCCUCACAAACUGCACCGUCCCUUUUUUGUACAAACUCACCCUGACUAACCUACACGGAGAUGGGAGCAGUGUGGGGCGGGGACCGUCUCUGUUCCGU